AUGACCAUCAAUCCUGAUCAGAAUGGAGCAAAGGGGCCAAGAAAGAAAUUACCCCACACCAUUGAGUCAGUCACACAAGUUGCCAAGCCCCUUCUCACGAUGCAGAGGUUCUUGAACUGGGUGUUGCCAGUCUCCUAUAGCCGGUUCCUGAGGCGCCGGCCAGGCGAGUUUCCUGUCACUGCUUUCCUGCUGGGAGCAGGCAUUGGUGGGCUCCUUACUAUAGGGUUCUUUCAGCUCCUGGUGAACCCCAUGAACAUCUAUGAAGAUCAGAAGAUAAUGAUGCUGUACAGUUUGGUGGGCUUAGGGGCCAUAGGAUGGGGGACCUCCCCUCACAUCCGCUGUGCCAGCCUCCUGAUAAUACCCAAGAUGCUGGGCAAAGAGGGCAGGCUCUUUGUGCUGGGAUACGCCAUGGCCGCUAUCUAUGAAGGGCCAGUGACCAACCUGCGUUACAACCUCAACGAAGUGAUAGCAUCGCUAGGCUGUACUGUGGAGCUGCAAAUCAACAACACCCGAGCGGCCUGGCGUACCUCCACAGCCCCCCUGCGGGCAUUGUUCAAUGACCUGCUGGAGAGCAAAGACUCGUUGGAAGUUGAGACUUUUAACAUCUCCAACUCCUUUGAGGACCUGGAUGCCCAGGUGAAGAGUGAGGCUGGCUUCUAUCCAGAGGAUGCCAUAGACUCAAAGGAGACAGCCAAAUUCAUGAAGAUCCGCCAGGUCCCAGUCUCCCGAUAUUCACUCUCCACACAGAAGAUGUUUGAGAUGAAGACCAAGCUGCGUUGCUCCUAUGUGGUGAACAAGGCCAUGUUCAGCUGCCAACGCUGGUUUGACAGAAAGCAUGAGCAAUGUAUGCAACGCAUCUGGGUCCCACUCCUCAACCACCUGCUCUGCCUCCCCAUGAAGUUCAAGUUCCUCUGUAGCAUCACCAAGGUAAUGGAAGUCUGGUGUCGUAACCGCAUCCCAGUGGAAGGCAACUUUGGACAGACCUACGACUCCCUCAACCAGUCUGUUCAUACACUGACUGGGGAAUUUUCAGCCAAUAUUAACCUAAAGCAAGAGAAGCAGGCUGGAGUGCUGGGCCUCAACACCAGCUGGGAGCACGUGAGCACGGAGACUCGGAACUAUGUGCGCACACAGGAGGCCCGGCUGGAGUGGACCUUGGGGCUGUUUCAGGUGCUGCUCUCCUGCACCUUCCUGCUGGUCUUAUAUGCGUCAUUCUCCUACAUGGACAACUAUAACCAGGACAUUCGCUUUGACAACAUCUACAUCAGCACCUACUUCUGUCAGAUCGAUGAACGUAGGAAGACGCUAGGCAAACGAACUUUGCUGCCGCUCCGCAAAGCUGAGGAGAAAACGGUCAUCUUUCCCUGCAAGCCCCUGAUCCAGGCCUCAGAAAUGAAAAAUGUGGUAAGGGAGCUCCUGGAGUCGGUGCCUGUUCUGCUGCUAUAUCUGGUACUGUGUGGACUGGACUGGACUCUCUACUCCAUCUUCAACACCAUCCGCCACCACUCCUUCCUGCAGUACUCCUUCCGCAGCAGUCAUAAACUGGAGGUGAAGGUGGAAGGAGACUCUAUGCUUGCCCGGCUUCUUCGGAAAACCAUUGGGGCCCUGAAUACCUCCUCAGAGACUGCAGUGGAAUCCAACAACAUGCCCUGCCUGCCCCAACCGGAGAGCAUGGCUGCGAAGGACUACUUCAGGACUGCACUACCGAUCGGCCUGCUAGUGUGUCUCUGCCUGCUCCAGGCUUUUGGCUACCGGCUACGUAGGGUCAUCGCAGCCUUCUACUUCCCCAAGCGAGAGAAGAAGCGGAUCUUGUUCUUCUACAAUGACCUACUGAGGAAGAGAGCAGCUUUCACCAAGCUAAGGAGGGCCACCAUUGUGAGGAGGGCCCAAGAACAGAGGGCUCCACGCCACCACUUGGUUGACAUCUUGUACCGCCGCUGCCCCCUCCUGCGCCACUGGCUGCGUCGGCGAUGUGUGGUGUGCUUAGCACUUGAGACGCCCGAGUCCCACGUGUGCUCAACGCCGGGCUGCGAGACCGUGUACUGUCAGUCGUGUUGGGUCGACAUGCGGCAGCAAUGCCCAGUCUGCACACCCCGUGAGGAGCUCUCUUCCUCCGACUUCAGCGACAGUAACGACGAUGCUACCUACGCAGAGUGA